UGAGGUAUCUCGACAUGUCUUCUUCCCAAUUCAAAGUUUUACCCGAAUCAAUAACUCGCCUCUUGAACCUGCAAACGCUGAAACUAGAUUAUUGUUAUUCUCUUCAUAAGUUGCCCAAUGGUAUGAGGGACAUGAAAAACCUUAUCCAUCUUGGGCUUAGAUAUUGUAAUUCUCUUUCUUGUAUGCCUGAAGGGAUGGGACAACUAACGUGCCUCCAAUCAUUAAGCAUCUUCAUCGUUGGCAAGGAAAAUGGUUACCAAUUAAGUGAGCUGAAAGGACUACACCUUCGAAAUGAUUUGUCAAUAAAGGAACUUGAUAAUGUAAGAAAUUUUGAGGAGGCGAAAGAUGCAAAUUUGAUUGGGAAACAAAAUCUUCAUACGCUAAGUCUGGUUUGGCAGAACAAAAGUCAGUGCCCUGUACCAGAAAAGGUUGAAGAUGUUCUUGAUGGUCUCCAACCUCAUUCAAAUCUGAAAGUGUUGCGCAUUCAAAACUAUUUGGGUUCAAAAUUUUCAACGUGGAUGCAAGAUUUACUCCUUCAUGAGAUUUCGCUAAGUGCAUGCGAAAGAUGUGAACAUCUGCCACCUCUUGGCAAACUACCAUUCCUCAAGGUUCUUAAAAUAAGUGGCAUGGAUUCUGUGAAGUAUCUUGGCAAUGAGUUACAUGGAGAUAGUGCAAUUUCGUUCCCAUCAUUGGAGAGCCUGAAUUUAUAUCAGAUGGCUAAUUUGGAGGAAUGGCGAACAAUGGAUGGAAGAGAAAAUUUCCCCCGCCUAAGCACAUUAAAUAUCUCUGGUUGCCCAAAGUUAGUUGAAUUGCCUAUUUUUCCUUCCAUUACAAGUUUGAUUAUCUAUACAAACAAUGCAAUGUUAAUUAAGUCAGUGAUGAAUCUCACUUCACUUUCUUCCCUUCAAAUUGGAGGUAUGCAUGAAUCGACACUUCUUCCGGAUGGACUGUUUCAAAAUCUCACUGCAAUGAAAUGCUUUACACUUGAUUAUUGUAACGGACUCGAAAGUCUGCCAGAAGGCCUCCAGUACCUACAUUCUUUACGGGUACUCAAUAUAGUGGACUGUAAAAAUCUUUUGUCCUUUCCGGUAAAUGGAUUGAGGGGCUUGUCUUCACUACAGAGGUUAUGGAUUCAGAACUGCGACAAAUUCUGCUCUUUAUCUGAAGGAAUUCAAUAUUUAACUAGCCUUGAGGACUUACUUAUUAACGGAUGUCCGGAGUUAGUUUCAUUGCCGAAGCAGAUAGGAUGCCUCACGUCACUUUCUUCUUUGAGCAUUGAAUACUGCGAUAAUCUAAUAUCUAUACCGGACGAGUUGCAAAAUCUUACGGCACUCAAAACAUUGAGAAUUGAAAGAUGUCCACAUCUGCAGAGGCGGUGCAAGAAAGACAGCGGCGAGGAUUGGCAUAAGAUUGCUCGAAUCCCCAACAUUCAUAUCGUCGAUCGUCCAGCAGUACAAUCAAGGAAUGGUUGCAAGGCGCUUCAGAAACUGAAAUUUUGGUCCACAUAAAAGUCUACCAGGCACUUGGUGUUGCCAAUGACAGUGCUCUAUCUUUUAGGUUCUAAAUUCCCAAGGUAGAACUUGGAAUUAGGAGGGUAGUUCUUUUGCUGGCUGCGCACGGCGACAU